AUGCAGAGCCAGCAGAACGCAGAGAGGACGAGGGGAAUUGCAGCCCCCAGGCCCCGGCAGUGCCCAGCUCAGAGGGAUCGCUCCUUGCUGGACAGUGCAGAGCACAGGGGAGGGCCGGGGCGGUCCUGCCCCAGUGAGAGCGCGGCGUGGGCACAGAGCGCAGGCACCGGGGCGAGGGAGCAUCUCCGGCCCGGCUUCUGGGCACCGGGGCACCGCAGUCCCGCAGCGGGGACAUCUCCCGGCUUUCUGCAGGCGGAAAGGACCGCGCUGGAGCUGGAUCAACAUGGACCCGGUCUCGGAGCGGCUCAACGGCAGAGGGCCACGCUCCUCUGUGUUGCAGGUCCCUGCGCCAGACCCAAACCCUCCCGGGCGCCCGAGUCCUUSAAGCGCGUCGGGAUCCUCGUCCUGGCCGUGGUGCUCACCCUCGCCUGCCUGGUGGCCAUCGGGUUCCUGGUGAAGAUCUACCUGGACCACCACUACCUGCUGUGCAAGCAGCCCCUGAAGCUGGUGCCGCUGAAGCAGGUGUGUGACGGGCAGCUGGACUGUCUGCAGGGCGAGGACGAGGCCAACUGUCCCCAGUGGGUCCCCGCGGGGCCACCGGCCGGGGCCCGCRUUUCCAAAGACAGAUCCAUCCUGCAGGUGCUCAACAGCAACACCGGAGCCUGGUCCUGCGUGUGCCACGACCACUUCAGUGCGGCGCUGGCCAGAGCCGCCUGCCAGCAGAUGGGAUAUGCCAGCACCCCGACUUUCCAGGGGGUGGAGGYGGGCGCGGGGCAGCCGCUGCCUCCCCGCGAGGUCGUGCUGAGCAACCGGAGCCUGCAGGUGCUUGAGCCGGGCAGGAAAUGCCUCUCGGGGUUGGUUGUGUCGCUCUUUUGUUCCAGCUGCGGGCAGAGCGUGAGGACCCCGCGGGUGCUGGGCGGGAGCCCGGCUGCCAUCGAGGCGUGGCCCUGGCAGGUCAGUUUGCAGUACAGGAAGGAGCACAUCUGCGGCGGCAGCAUCAUCGGCCCCGGCUGGGUCCUGACGGCCGCGCACUGCUUCAAGAACAACCCCAUCAUCCAGAGCUGGCGCGUCAAGGCCGGCUCCGAGCUCCUGUCGGGCGCUGCCACCUUCGCCGUGGAGAAGGUGUUCCUGGCGGAGGUGACACCCGCGUCCCCCAAGGACAAUGACAUCGCCCUGGUGAAGCUGCGCUCGCCCGUGCACUACUCAGACAGCACCAAACCCAUCUGCCUGCCCUAUUUCGACGAGGAGCUGGUGCCGGGCACGCCCCUGUGGGUGAUCGGCUGGGGCUACACGGAGGAGCACGGGAAGCUGUCGGAGCGCCUGCAGCAGGCAGAGGUGCAGCUCGUGGACGAGCUGAGCUGCAACCUGGCCGCGUACCACGGCGAUGUCACCGACAGGAUGCUGUGUGCCGGGCUGCCCCAGGGCGGGGUGGACACCUGCCAGGGGGACAGCGGCGGGCCCCUCCUGUACUCGGGAGGGCACUGGCAGGUCGUGGGCAUCGUCAGCUGGGGCCAGGGCUGCGGGACCCCCAGCACGCCCGGCGUCUACACCAGCGUCCGGGCAUACCUCGACUGGAUCUACGCCGUGCGCAGGUCGGAGCUCUGAGACCUGCGGGAACAGGUCGCUCCUCUCCCCGAGCCUGCCUUGCCGUCCCUCUGCCCUUGCUCUGGCAGCAGCAGGGACACGGAUCUCCAGCCAA